CCUCGACGCGCGUUCAAGCACAUAAGUAAGACUUCGUAUCACCUCCUCUGUAGAUCACAUCCAUUACUUGCUUGCAGCCAUGUCCAGGUCAUACGAUCGCGCACUCACCGUCUUCUCUCCGGAUGGUCACUUGUUUCAGGUUGAGUACGCCCUCGAAGCUGUUCGCAAAGGAACAUGUGCUGUCGGUGUUCGGGGUAAUGAUGUGGUCGUUCUUGGCGUCGAAAAGAAAUCCGUCCUGCAACUCCAAGACCCCCGUACCGUUAGAAAGGUCGUGAUGCUUGAUGAUCACAUUUGCCUUGCAUUUGCUGGCUUGACCGCGGACGGCAGAGUCCUCAUCGACAAAGCGCGGAUAGAAUGUCAAAGUCAUCGACUGACUGUAGAGGAUCCUGUCACAGUAGAGUAUAUAACAAGACACAUUGCUGGUAUACAACAGAAAUACACGCAAUCCGGUGGUGUACGACCAUUUGGUAUCUCAACAUUGAUCAUCGGAUUUGAUCCACAUGAUUCGCGACCAAGACUGUACCAGACUGAGCCGAGUGGCAUCUAUAGUGCAUGGAAGGCCAAUGCAAUUGGUCGGUCAUCGAAAACAGUCCGCGAAUUCCUCGAGAAAAAUCACAAAGAUGGCAUGACUCGCGAAGAAAGCAUAAAGCUGACGGUCAAAAGUCUUCUCGAAGUCGUGCAAACAGGAGCGAAAAACAUUGAGAUCAGCGUCAUGGAAAGCUAUGGCAAAGUCACGCACUUGGAACUACCUGAGAUCGAAGCAAUUGUCGCUGAGAUCGAGCGGGAGAAAGAAGCUGAGGCCGAAAGGAAACGGUCAAGGCUGGCGGCAACUGCAGCUGGUCAAGCAGCAAUGGCAACGAGGGCAGAUCAGCCCUCUGGACAGUAAUCCUGUAUUGUAUGUUCUCGUGAAUGACAUCUACAUACCUUUGCUGUGAGGCCGUACAUAAGCCUUUUCAAAU